AUGAUUUCUGAUCCGACGACGACAACAGCAAAGCCGAUGGAAAGUACUAUGAUCGAGCAAGAACCCAAUGUGGCUACUUAUUUGGAUAUUGUCACUUCUGAGCAAGGCAUCAUCGUAUCGAAUAAGACACAAAACUUCUCGCAAGUGGACGAAACUGAAAACGAUGAUGAGGAUACGCCUGUACUAUCCUAUAUUCGUAUAUUAUUGGAUCGAAUUGAUUCAGUACAGAGCUCAAAUCAAAUUACAAAUGUGGAUAAUCGGAAACAGUUCUUAUUCCGAAACGUCGUUGAAUUAGAUUCGAAACAAGCAGCGAUCGUUAUCUCCUUAAUCUCGAGCUGUAUCGUAACUUUUCUGGCGAUAGUUUUGUAA